UUCUCAAGUACAAAAGUCCUUACCUUUGCUUUCCAAUUCCUCUGAGAUCUUCUACUUCUUCACUUUUAGAAGCAUACAUCUAUCAAAAUCAACCAUGGCUAUCCACCUACCACGUAUUGCCAGCUCUAAGAAAGUUCCCAAGGGUUACUUUGCAGUUUAUGUCGGAGAGAACCAGAAGAGAUUUGUGAUACCAGUGUCGUUCUUGAACCAGCCUCUGUUUCAAGAUUUGCUUGGCAUGUCAGAAGAAGAGUUCGGAUAUACUCAUCCUACUGGCGGUCUCACGAUUCCCUGCAACGAAGAAAUCUUUGUCGAUGUUACCUCUCGCUUGAAUUGAUUGUGAGAGAAUUAGCACAAACCAGUCCAUACAAUUUUGUAAAGCAAACUUCACUAAUACCAUGUAAACACCUUUUUCCCAUCCUUUUUGCCUUGGGGAGCAGAAAUGAGUCUCCCUGAGUGGAAAACUAGAGAUGGUGGUUACUGUAA